CGUGUAAUGAAUACAACUGACAGCAGUACUUAACAAACGAGAGGUGUUCCACUGAGACAGCCCUGGAUGGAUCAGGGGGUUUUCUGCUUGUGCUGAACCUUUAGCCUCAUCCCUUAAAACUUUUCUGACGCCCAAACCUUUGCACCACCCAGGGUACACUGAGAUUUGAUAUUAGAGUAAACUAAAUCUAGAACUGUCAGUGGAACGCUCAACCAGCGUAAAACUGCAUCUGUGCACAGGGAGAAUACCUUGGGACUGGGAACUCUGAAAUGGGGGCACUGGUACUGUGAAUGUGUUAAGCCAAAUACUGUACUCUAGGAUGCAUGGUAUUCUGUAAUACUGUAUGCCAAUGCCCUUAUGUGGCUGUCGAUCCAGUUGAUAAAAAUGUUGGGAAAUACAGGGUAUGUUUUGGUUAGAUUGGCAGUUGGGGAUGAUGGCCAAUAAAAAAUCACAGUAGAAUUCCAGACGAUUUAAGUUAACAAAAUGAAUCAACUACAGUACAUUUAGUAAUAUUACAACAGUUUAUAUAUUGUGUACACCAUAUUAGAAAGCCAAAGUCAGCUGCCCUUCAAAUUAUAAUGUGCUUAUAUUGCCAAUGAAUUCUUCAUUGUUCCAAUAAAGAAUUUUAUCUUGAAGGGAUAAUCUCAUGUAACGCCGGAAAAAAAUUGACUUCCAAAUUGUGAUUUAUAUUAACUGUCCAACAAUAACAGCCUUUAAAGUCUUGACUAGAGAGAUCAAAUCAUAGAAAUAAUUGAUAUCUAUUAUUCCUAUGGACCAAAUUGACAACUAAGAUUAAUAACUUUAUGUGAUUUAAUGUUCCACAACUUCUAGUUUAGAUAACCAGUUCUGGAGCUUUUCAACAAUAAUUCACCCAUGUCCUUCAGUAGCUAUUUCUUUUUAUUUUUCCUUCCAAAUGGGCAAAUAUUAACAUUUAAGCACUUGCUACAUAAAGGUUUGACAGGGAGACAUAUCUGCUGACCAAAACCAACCAACAAUACAUUGACGUCAUUCCAUUCCUCCCUGGGUAACCAACUUUCUAAAGCAAUACGAGUGUGUUCUGGUACUGUUGUUGUUUUCUUGACCCAGCCCAAUCUGUUGGAAAUUCUGUGUACAUGAGUAUCCACACCUAUCCCAGAUAAUUUAUUCCAAGCCACAUUCAUAGUAAUGUAUGCCAUCUUGGGUCCCACCCCCGGAAGUUUAACCAGUUCCUCCACAGUAGGUGGGAUAUCAUCUGUAUAUUGCUCAUGACAUAUUUCAGUUGCCUUCUUGAUAUAACCUGCUUUUUUCUUCCAAAAUCCAACUGGUUUUAUCAACUCCCCAAUCUUAUCCUCAGACAUUUUUAGGAUAUUUUCAACAGUAAGAUUGUUUUCUUUCAACUUUCUCAUAGCUUCAAAAGUGACUUGAUCUUUAGUUUGACUUGAUAACAUCAGGGAAAUAAGGAUUUGAUAUCGUUGUACUUCAGGGGGAGCAGUGACAUCGGCUGUUCUCUCGCAGCCCUGGUGGUCUACAGCUGCAUUGCGGUCUCGUCGCAUUUCACGGAUGUUUUCCAACUGUUGCUGCCAGUUCUUUGGUGUCCAAGUGCCAGCAUUCUCUGUCUCGACUUUCACGCUGUCUGUCUCCUUUUUAGGGCGCUUGCUUGCACGUGGAUGCGACUCUUGAUCUGCACUGCCAUUGCCGAAAUUAUCGCUCUUCGAUUGUCUUGUAUUUCCUUCGCUAUCAUUUCGUGUUUCUUCUUUACUCUCGUAUUCUAUCUUGACAUGGUUUCUACGGCUUGCUGACCGUAAUGUGCGGCCAACUGAGACCAAAGUCGACGUUCCUGAAGCAAAAUAAGGUGAUUUUGUAGCCAUUUUUAAUCGGUUCAUAAUUUUUAAUAACACACAACAUGUGAUUCCAUAGCGGAAAUACGCAAUUUGGCGGGAAUACCAAUUUCCUCGUUCCAGUCCCUCUCGUCUCAGGGAAGUUGAAUUUUAAUUUCAAUUUUGCAAGUGUUAUUAUUUUCAUGCAUAAAAUAUAUAGACUUUUGGCAAUGUAUUUCACUGAAUUUUCUCAUUCAUUUGAGCGUUUCCUGACAUUACAACAUUAAAGGAUGAGUAUAUUUCGACGGCUUACUAAUUUGAGUUCGUCUUCGAGUAGCCUCGCAUCUCCAAGUCCAAACGAACGAGACGUCAAACACUCUGCAAGUGAUUCGCCCGAAAAUGACAUUGUGAAUGCCUUGAAGCGUCAUUGCAAAAGCAUCCAGGAUGUUUUGCUUACAACUGAGACGAGUAAAUCUUCGCCAGACGAUUGUAGGCGUGUUUUGGAUCAUUUUAACAUUGUAAUCAACAUUAUUUCGGAUGAAACGUGCGGUCGAGAUGGCCAGCUUGGUUCGUGUUUAGAGUACACCCUUGAGUGUAGAUUAUACGAAGAAAUAUUUGCCUGGAGUCUUAGCCAACGGACAUGUAUGAAAGACCUUAUAAAAGAGCAGCUUAAACUGUAUAAAACAUUGCUGAAACGAUGCAAGCAACCGAUUCUUAUUUUCGAGGAAAUUGGCGCGCCGUUGAGACGAUUACUUCGCUCGUGUAUGGGCAAGCAAACGGGCGAUAUCGAGUUGGCAUAUGUCGACGUAUUGCAUCAACUUUGCAUUUGUGUGAACCAGGAUGUAUCCCUACUUGAUACACACUUUAUAAAUGCAAGCUCGGCAACGGAAGCAAGCUUGUCGGUGUUUUCUUUGCUCGUACCGUACGUACACAGAGAAGAGGAGGUUGGCUCGAGGUCGCGUGACGCCGUUCUGCUGUGCACAUCACUGUCAAUGUUUCAAGAACAACUUGCAAACUUCAUUUGUGAGGAAACCACAUUUUGUCCGGUAAGAGAUUUGCAUAUAAAACACAGCUUUAAACGGGAACGUGGUAUUUAACUAUUGAUUGUUUCAUAUGUUGUUUGUUUAAUAUUUUAACUGUGUCCAAUGAAAUUGAAGAAAUAGUUCGAAUGCCUCAUUUUGUGCAGUCAUGCGAGCAUAUAAAACAUUUGCAAGGUUAAAUGGUAAUAAUUAACUAGAAUUUAGUGAGUCAGACAAGUCAAGUUGGAUUAUGUAGUUUAUUAGGAUUGAAAUCAACUCUUUUCUAUUUUUUUGAAAUUUAAUAAUAGUAGGCAAUAAAGAUAAAGGUUUAUAAUGAUUACUUAUGCUGUUAGCAUGUCAUAAAUAUUUUGAUGCAAAUUAUUUCAUCCCCUCCCACAUACAAUUAAAAUUAGCAUUGCAUGCAAGGUUAUUAUCUAUUGUGGGUUUAUUUUUGCCAUUAUAUAUAUAACUUAAUAUAACCGGCGACAUUUUAGUGUUGUGCACUGUUCAUAGUAAAUUAGUUGCCAGUCACCUACCGAAUUACACUUUGUUACAAAUGAAGUUGGUGAAAAUAAAUCCGUCCAAGAUAUGAUGAAAAUCAAAUAUUCGUGUAGCAGUAUGGCCCCUGUUAAUAUUGAACUCUUAUUGAUAUUGUUUCAGGUUUAAGGCCUGUUCUAAACGUUGCUAUGGCGUUCCGUUCCGGUCAAAAUUAUUUCAAGUCAAUAAGUAAUAUUCAAACAUCAUAUAAACAUGUUAUAACUCUCAAUAUAAUGUUGAAAAUAUCAAGAUGAAGUUCAAACUCAAAAAAAUAAAACGAAAGUUUAAGCACAUACUUGAAAAAUGCAAAAUACAUUUCAAAUCUCAAAGGAUAUAUAUGAAAAUUAAACGCAAGUCCAAACUUCUAUUUAUAAAGCGAAACUCCCAAAUGAUAAGUCAAAGCCGCGGUCAUAAAAAUAAAUCGAAAAGUCAAAAAUAUAAAUCGAAAGGAAACGGAAGUAAGAAAUAAAAUACAGAGGAAGUCAGGAAACAGAAGUUAACCACAAACAUUGCUGAUUCAGCUGAAUAUCUUUCUCGCCGUCUGGAUGUUUACAAAAGAAAUAUAAAUAUUCUUGUACUAAUCUAUAGCCAAUUCUAGGUGUUACUUGUAAGAUACCACGAACAAGUAGAUCAAGAUCAUUGUCCCUUAUGGUAGAAUGUGAUUCCCUUUUCGUAUUAGCUUGGACAAAUGAACGUCGACACGUUGUCGUAUUGACUAUUGUACUCUCAGAUACUCAAAAUUUCUUGCAAUUUCUGCCCAGGAAAGUCCAACUUGAGAAUUUAGAGUUUUGAUUGCCUGUUGUCAGACGUCUAGUCUUGGUCAGUUGGUCUUCCCACACCAGAGAUAAUUAAUAGUUAACACUACCACUGUCCUACACUUGUCUGGACAAUACCGUGGUCCCUGGGGGAGGGGGGGAGGUGGCGGGGUGAGGUGGUGGUACUCCAACAGGGCAAAAGGAAAGUGCUUCACAUCUUUCCCUUCGCGACGACGAACAAUCACUUGAAGGAUGCACAUAUCUGACAAAAGUUGUUGUUCUAGAGGAUAUUAAGCCUUGUGAGAUUGAGAAGAAUAUUUAUAUUUCUUUUGUAAACAUCCAGACGGCGAGAAAGAUAUUCGGCUGAAUCAGCAAUGUUUGUGGUUAACUUCCGUUUCCUGACUUCCUCUGUAUUUUAAUUCUUACUUCCGUUUCCUUUCGAUUUAUAUUUUUGACUUUUCGAUUUAUUUUUAUGAGCCGCGGCUUUGACUUAUCAUUUGGGAGUUUCGCUUUAUAAAUAGAAGUUUGGACUUGCGUUUAAUUUUCAUAUAUAUCCUUUGAGAUUUGAAAUGUAUUUUGCAUUUUUCAAGUAUAUGCUUUAAACUUUCGUUUUAUUUUUUUGAGUUUGAACUUCAUCUUGAUAUUUUCAACAUUAUAUUGAGAGUUAUAACAUGUUUAUAUGAUGUUUGAAUAUUACUUAUUGACUUGAAAUAAUUUUGACCGGAACGGAACACCAUACGUUGCAUUUCACAUGUGCUGAAUGUAUUCAAAACAAUAGAUAAUCAGCUGAAAUGCCUCAUUAUCCAUUGGUUUGAAUGCAUUCGGUGCAUGUAAAAUGCAACGUUUAGAACAGGCUUAAUUGAGAUUGGAAUUUUUUUAUUAACAGUUAUUUGGUGUUUCAUUUUUAAAAUUAACAACAUACCAAAAAGUAAAUUUGAAAUAUGUUCAGUAUUACAUGUUAAACAUUACUCAUUAACCCUUUGACAAUGCCAUUGUCACUUAUAAUUAGACAUCCCAAUUUUAUUAUGCCCUACUUUAUUAUUUUACUCUGUCUAAUGCCACACAAUUUCACUCAUUAAGGGGAGUGUGCUGCCACUCAAUGUGUUGAGUUAAUACCCAACUUUAUCAUUUUACCCUAUAUAACACCUGUCUGAGAUUAUUUUACUAUCUCUAAUGUCAGAUGAUUUUACUCGUCAAGGGGAGAGCGCUUACACUCAAUGGGUUAAACAGAUCUAAUGGCAAUUAAAAUUGUUACCAAAAAUCACUGGAAAUCCACACAAAUCUCUAAAAAUCCCCAUAAAUCCCCCCAAAACUCCCGGGAAAAUCCCAAGGGAUGGAUAUUCGAAAGUCCUAAAAUCUUGUACAUGUAUUAUGUGCCUAUAGGAUGUGCUGUGUCAAGCCUUAUAUCACAGAAUAUAUGCUCAAUAUACAUAUUUAUACAUGCAAGAUCCGACCUUUGAUGUCAGUACAACCAAAAAUGUUUGUGACCCCCCCCCCCCCAGGUUUUGAAUGGUCCACCCCUAAACAUCAUCAUGUGAUCAAUCAUAAUUUUUGUCCUAUGUUUUACUUGCAGGUAUUAGCCACAGGCUUAAGUGCUCUGUAUUCAAGACUUCCCAACACAUUAGAUGUUCCUGGUGAAGAUUGGUAUAGCUUAGAGAAAGGCCUUUGGACUACAUUACCAGAACUAAAAUCUUUUAUUACAUCAUUAGAAUUCUGUAAUGAUGUUAUUCAGGUGAACUGUUUAUUCUUUCCAUUUUCACAUACAAAAUGAUUUGCUAUGAUCAAACAUGCUGGCAGAAUGGGUGAUUCCAGCUAUACUGUAGACUAAAUUUUGAUCAAUGCAAGAAGAACAAAAUCCAACACCACAGCUAGAAGGAGCGUCUUAGAAUGAGUAAAACUAAAUGUUGUAAAAUGAAGAAAAUAUAGCCCUGUGAAGUUCACAAAUGUUGUAUAAUUAUACAGGUAUUUGUGUUACGUACUGCACUGCAGUAAAAAUAACCACUUUCGGCUCAAAAAUGGUUAUUUUUCCUGCACAUAAUGCGAAUACUGUAUAUACAAAAUUUGCGAACUUCACAGAGCUAUACAGGGUGUCCAAAAAAAAAGCCACGGAAAUUCAACAGGCUGUUGUGCAUCAUAAACGUAGCUAAACAGUUCAAUUUUUGCAUAUGACGGAAGAGCUGUUGUUUAGCUUUUCUAUGACACCUUUUUGAAAUCGUAACGAUGAGAAAUGGCUACACACUCGUCAAAUAAAAAUUGCCGGUCGAAAUCACAUUGGGAAUUGAAAAUACAUUAAUUAUGCAAAGUUAGUCAAUCCAAAAGCAACGCGAGCCUGCUGCAAGCUAUUUGUUUCAUAAAACGUUUUGAUAACGAAUGUUCUCUGUUCAGGGGUUAAUUGAACCAUGUUUUGUACCAAAUUCGUAUUGAGUUAUUGUUUCACUAAGACGAAGAUUGACGAGUUCAGCUUAUUUUAGAUAAUUUAACAUUCAAUUUUAAUUCCCUCUUGGGAAUUGUUUAUGUUUCGUUUUCGAUGCAAUUUCCAACGGUGGAAGAAUGUGAUUUCAACCGGCAUUUUUUAUUUGUCAAGUAUGUGGCCAUUUCUCAUCGUUACGAUUUAAAAAGAGUCAUUGAAAAGCUAAAUAACUGUUCUUUCGUCCUAUGUAAAAAUUGAAUUGUUUAGCCACGUUUAUGAUGCACGACAGCCUGUUUAAUUUCCGUAGCGUUUUUUUUUAGACACCCUCUACAUGUAUUUGUAAUUUUACUCAUUUUAAGAUCUUCUUGUCUAGAUCAAAAUUUCGUCUAUGUAGCUCGAAUCAUCCAUUAGAUUGCUAGCCAGAUGAUCUUGAUAUGCGGAAAAGUACUGGCACUAGUUGUCAAAUAGAAAUCCAUUUUAUGAUUAAAACAACUGAAUAUCUCCUGUAAUAUACUUUAUUUCGAUUCCAUAUUUUUGUCAGAGCUAUAGUUCUCAUAACCAAACAUAAUUACAAAAUUUCAACUAGUUUCAUAAAGAAUAACGAAAGAUAUAAUUGACUGAAUACAUCAAAAUGGAUUUCUAUUCGGACAACCCUUUCUGAGCGCUGAUUGGCUAAAAUACGAUCACGAGAUCACCUGGAAGAUUGUUUCCAAAUUUCCCAAGCUGAACAGCCAUCUCAAAUUAGUCUGAUCUCUUCAAACGUUAUGAAGCCACCUUAAUUGCAAAGAACUUAUGUGCAUGAAACAAAUUACUAAAAUGGUAUACUCUGUGGCCAAUAAAAAAUGACAUCCACAUUAUAUUGUUUCAUCUAGACUGCCCAUCCUAGAAUACAAUCUAAACUACUGGAUCUCAUUUACCAAGGAUUCUUAGUUUCAGUCAUGGCACCUGCUCUUAACCAGGUAUUCUUCAGUCCUUUCAUAUUAAUUGA